AUGCAGACGAGGGUAUGCAAAACUUGGGGAACGGUCAUCCGUAAAAGUAAAGUCGGUCUGCUUUUCCAGUUUCGAGGAAAACUACAGAACCUCUUCUAUGCUGAUCGUAUUCGUCAUGAAAUUGAUCUAGAGAAGUAUGACACCGGUGAGACACUAACAAACCGUUUAGACAACUCAAAAGAAAGAUUAAAUAUACAAUCACUUGUAUUCAACCAAUACAUUGUUGGUUCAUGCAAUGGUUUAGUUUGUUUUCUGUCACAAAACACAGCAGAAGAUCACUAUGAGGACUUUAUUAUUUGUAAUCCUAUAACCGGUGAAUACGUUUUUUUACAAAGACACGACGGAACACUAGAUGGGAAACGGAGUGAUCUAAAAUUUGGAUUUGGUUACCUUCACUCCACCAAUGAGUAUAUGGUUGUAAGAAUCGAUUGCAAAAGGAAGACAAUACAUGUGUAUACUCUUGGCACUGGCGUUGGUUGGAGAAUCAUCAAAGACGAAUUCCUUUACAUAUUUGAGGGUGUAAGUAUCUUUGCUAAUGGAGCUAUUCAUUGGUUAGAAUCCAUGAAAGUAUGGGAGAAUAAGAUUGUGGCUUUCGAUUCGGCUGAUGAGAAGUUUAAAUCCGUCCCAUCACCAACUUGGGAGUAUUAUUAA